CGACACACUAGGCUUCAGUCUGAUUAUUGGUUCAUUUUGAACUCAUUCGAGCCCUUCGCACGACAGCGAAGCGCACGACUGUCCAAUCGCCGCCGCAUCACUUCGCGCUCAGUACCACGAGCACACCGCGCGCGCACCGGCGGGGCAGCCCUGGCAAUGCAGCCCAGCCUGUGAGCACCAAUGGAGGACUACGACGAGACGCGCGCCGCAACAGACACAGGAGACGCAAGUCACCACCGCCGGGACGACGUCGACGGCCUGCGCUGCCUCGCCGUCGCCGCCGUCGUCGCCUUCCACGCGGUCGAUGAGUACGACGCGGGCUUUUGUGGGGUUGACGUGUUCUUUGCGAUCAGCGGUUUUGUGGUCGCGGCCUCGCUCAAAAGGCGAGAGCGCACGUCCACACGCGAGUUCCUGGUCGACUUCUACGCGCGGCGAGCGAAGCGGCUGGCGCCCGCGCUGUUUCUCACGAUCCUGGCGACGGCGAUUGGUCUUAGACUCGUGCCGCUACACGAACGCGACGCUCGCAUAGCCUACGACGCCGCACUAUGUGCUUUAGGCGGUGCGUCAAAUAUAUUCUUCGCGGUGCUUUUUACCAAUGAAAAAAAACGAGAAGCGAGGAGCUCGACCACGGAGCCGGCGGGCUACUUCGCGUCGUGGACCCGGACGGAAGAAGACGUCUUCCUCCACAACGCCGAGGCGGACCCGUUCCUCCACACGUGGUCGCUCGGCGUCGAGGAGCAGUUCUACCUCGUCCUGCCUUGUUUAUUUUUACUCGCCCAUUCGGAGCGCAUCCUGAACGACAACGUGGCUAUUGCGGUCGCUUUGGUAGCGUGUGUACUCUCGCUCGUCUGUGGGAUCGUUUUGCAUGUGUUAGGCGAGGCCGACUACGCCUUCUAUUUGCUACCCUCGCGGUUGUGGGAGCUCGCAGCGGGCUGGCUCGUCUGUGAAUUAAAUAGAGACGUGCCGGAGCGGCAUGCGUUGAAAAUUGAUGUACUAGGGGCCGCUCUAUUAGCGUGCGCGCUGGCCGUUUCGAAACCACACCAGUACCCGCUUCCCGGCGCGCUGCCCGCCAUUUUGGGGACGUGCUGUAUCUUGAUGAAUCCCCACGGCAAACUGAACGCACUACUCGCAAAAAAACCGUUCCCGGAGAUCGGCCGCGCGUCGUACGGCCUCUACCUCUGCCACUGGCCCCUUUUAGUGUUAUUACGGCUCGGACUCGCCCACCAGAUCCUCGCGACAUGUAUUGCUCUGGUCAUUAGUCUUCCGCUGACCUAUGUUUCGUUCACUUACGUCGAAACGCCGGCGCGCAAGUGGGCGCCCAAAAGACGCGCCGCGCCGCUAUUUGCCACUCUAUUUGGUUUCGGGGCCUGCGCCAUCGCCGUGAGUCAGCUGCGGCCGGGCGACCGAUCAUCAUCAAGUUCAGGCGGCUACCCGGCGGAGGACGCGCUACCGGGCCCGCCCUUCUUCGGCGCCGAGUUCGACCCGAACGCGUGGGAGCGUAUCAAUACAAACGCCACGUGCGGCGCGGAAGCGUACUACGCGUCUUGUGACGUCAUGGACAGAGGCGUGCCGUGCGCGUGUGCCACGAAUUGUACGGCCACGACGCACCUCCCGGAAAAAGCGGGGCAGGGCACCAUACCCUGCAUGCGCACCGCGACCCCCCAGUGCCAGGGCUGGUACAGUACAAAUUUCGACGCGGGGAGCUGGCCCUUUGGUGUGUGGCGGUCGGAGUGUUUCUUCCUGUCGUCCGCGGUCCGUGACUCUGUGUAGAACUUGACGCGGUCUUCAUGAAGACGUCGACGCGAUGCCACGCCGCCUCGACGUCGUCGAAGCGGCCGCACGAGAGGAUACGCGCCUCGCGAGCGAGCCGUCGUCCCGCGCAGGCCGGCCAGAGCAGCUUCUCCUCCGAGAACGUUCGUAAUUGCCUGGCACCCUGCGGCGCGGCGCGGACCGCGUAUUUGAUAGGAGACUCGCACGCGGGCUCGCACGCGGCUGGUUUAGCCGCAUCUUUACAAGCCUACGGCAUUGAAUUAAGGCACGCCUUCGCGGGCUACGGCUGCUCCUUCGCGUCGGACGCCUUCAACGAGAAGUUGUUAGAUCCGGUCGGGAGCGGCUGGGCCUACGGGAAAUGCACGGAAUGGGUCGCUACCGUCAAAGCAGCAUUGGUCGAGUUCGCGGCGCCCGACGAUCUGAUCUUCACAACCACAGCAGCCUGGAAGUACGACGUCGUUGGUAAUGUUGAUGUGGCAUUCGUGGAAGAAAUAGCGACAAUCGCGCCCCUGGUCGUUUUGGGCGACGCGCCGCUGCUGAGAGGUAUUUUUGGAGUCAACUGCGCCGCGCCGGAGACGCGGCCAUCGUGUCUUACGGAUGAGAAGGAUACGAUUCCCGACGGCGCUUUACUCGCGGAGGAGACCUGGGCUGCGCGGGGCGUACGACACAUCUCGGUGCGGGAGCUCUUCUGCUCGAAUGGGCUGUGCGAUACAUACAUCCCGGGCACGGAUAUCCUAGGAUUGGUGGACUACGGCCACCUGACGACGGCGGGGUCUUUGUACCUGGCGCCGUUCCUGUCGUGCGCGCUCGAGGGACUGGGGCUCGUCGACGCCGCCGUGGCCUCUGAUGACGGAGAGUGUCUGGGGUCGGUGACGGACUUGUGAUAAGUAUAUAGUGUGUA